CUGAUGGAGAAUGAAAAGGAAGGCUUUCCGAUAACUGCCCUUCGGGAGAUCAAAAUUCUGCAACUGCUAAAACACGAAAACGUCAUCCCACUGAUCGAGAUUUGCCGCACCUCUUCCACACAACCCAACUACAAGGCCACCUUUUACCUGGUAUUCGAGUUUUGUGAACACGAUCUCGCCGGACUGCUUUCCAACGUCAACGUCAAGUUUUCUCUUGGUGAAAUCAAGAAGGUGAUGCAGCAACUACUGAACGGCCUCUUCUUCAUACACAAACAAAAGAUUUUACAUCGAGACAUGAAGGCGGCCAACAUUCUCAUCACCAAGUCGGGCGUCCUCAAACUGGCCGACUUUGGCCUGGCGCGGGCCAUCUCCGAGGUGAAGAGCGACUCCUCCAAUCGCUACACUAAUCGCGUCGUCACACUGUGGUACCGACCACCUGAGCUUCUCCUGGGCGCGCGCAACUACGGCCCGCCGAUUGACCUGUGGGGCGCCGGCUGCAUCAUGGCGGAGAUGUGGACGCGAACGCCCAUCCUCCAGGGCUCCACGGAACAGGCGCAGCUGACGCUCAUCUCGCAGCUGUGCGGCUCUAUCACGCCCGAGGUGUGGCCCGGCGUGGAGCGCCUGGAGCUGUUCACCAAGCUGGAGCUGAUCAAGGGACAGCGACGACGGGUGAAGGAACGCCUCAAGGUGUACAUCAAGUCGGCGGACGCGCUGGAUCUGCUUGACAAGCUGCUCACCCUGGACCCGGCCCACCGCAUCGACUCUGACUCUGCCCUCAACCACGACUUCUUCUGGAACGACCCGCUGCCCACCGAUCUGUCGAUUAUGCUCUCGCACUACAACAACUCCAUGUUCGAGUUUACCACCUCCCGUCGGAGGCAGGUGCUGCCGCAGGGACAG